GGGGGAGUAACUCGUAAAAAGGAGAAUGAGAGAUCCCGAAGGCGUAACAUGGAGAAAACGCAGGCGCGUAUGGGAUCAAUAAAUAGGCUAGCUCAGUCGAGGACGGGAGAUCAGUAGUGUACGAACACGCAAGCAGUGAGGGUGGUAGCACGUACAUUAUUGUGUCGGGUGAGGCGUACGAAAACAACAGAGCACCCCUCCCCGGCGGACGGUGUAAAACGGGCUGCCAGCGGUGAGGCUGCAGAGCAGGUCGCUCGUCCAGCAUGCAACCACCACCGAGAAAAGGAAAUUAUACAAAGUUUCUUAAGAAUGUGCACGCGGAACAAGCGGCGAAGUUGCAAGCGAAAAACCAGCACGAGUGCGACCUUCUGGAAGAUAUUCGUAAUUUUACGAUAAAAAAAUCUGCGAUUGAAAAAUCAUAUUCCGAGGCGCUACUUAAAAUAUCUUCCGCGUAUUUAAAUAAAAAGAUACCAAAUAUUCCGGACCUCAAAGUCGAUGGUGGGGAAGAAAAAUGGAAUAUGUGGAAUGUAUGGCGAACCGUUUUGGAAGAAAACGAAAAGCUUGCCAGGGCGCGAUUAGCCGCUGUGGAAGUUUUUCAGCAACAAAUUGCUGACGAUGCGAAAGGUUUAAAAAUGCAUAAACUUCAAAUUUCCAAGAAGGCAAUCGACCAAUUAAUGAUAGUACAAAAAGAAUUGCAAAUGUGCGUACAAGAUGUAGACAAAACGAAAAAAUUAUACUUCGAUGAAGAGCAUAGUGCCCACGAUGUUCGUGAUAAGGCAAAAGAUAUCGAAGAGAAGUACGUAAACGUUGUAGUAUUGCUUUCUAUUCGAGACAACAAUAAAAUGCUAUUGAUCGUUUUCAGAUUAAAAAAGAAGAAAGGAUCUUUCUUUCAAUCUAUAACGUCAUUACAAAAAAAUAGUGCAAAGGUAAGCUCUAAACGAGAUGCUUUAGAAGAAAAAUCAACAGGAGCUCGAAACGAUUAUUUACUUAGUCUCGCCGCUGCCAAUGCACAUCAGAAUAGGUAUUUUGUAGUCGAUUUACAAAAUACUAUGCAAUACUUAGAACAAGGUGUUUACGAUAAGGUAGCAGAAUAUUUAACCCUAAUGGGUCGUACAGAACUUUUGACUUGUUUAGCUACACAAAAUAGUUUCGGCAAGAUUCGCGACCAAGCGCAACAACUGACUAGAGAGUACAAUAUACAAUGUUGCUGCUUAUAUUAUCCUGUUCUAAAACAACACAUACAGUAUGAAUUCGAGUGUUGCGACAAUGAUCCAGUAGACAGGGUAACGGCUGAUCAUGCUGCCGCAGCUACGCUUGGAAAAGAAGCUCGUCGCUGGUCGACGCGAAUAGCACGCGAAAUAAGCACUAUUAGAGAAAAUAAUAGAAAAAUACAAGUUCUUUUACAGCUUAAAGAGUCUGGGCAAAAGAGCGAUCCAAAUGAUCCACAAGGUCCAGAUAUAGACACAAAAAUCGAUGAACUGAAACACGCGAUCCGACGUGCAGAGACAGCAAAGCUGAAGGCAGAAGCGAGAAUAGAAUGCCUUCGAAACGGUGGAGUGAACGUCGAUGAGUGGUUGCAAGAAGCUGAAACUUUGAGCGUCCAGGAUAUGCCACGAUCGGCAAGUUCUCUUUCCGUCAGAACCGAUGCAUCUGGAACGGCGGAACAUCCGUCCUCAGACUCGUUCUACGAUAGCGAUGGAGACGGUGGUAGCGAUUUAACUACCGUUGAACGACCAGGCAGUGCACGAAACGCUCCUCAGCAAGAAGAAAGCACAGAGGAAAGGCAAAGACACGAUAGCGAAGAAGUCGAUGCUCUAGUUGAACAAGAGAAGCAACGAAUAGAACAGCUUACAGUCGGUUGGGAUGAUCCAACAUCGGUGGAUUGGGAUAACGAGGAGAAAGAUGAAAUGCAAACUGCUGAAACUGAUGAAACAACCGAGCCGCCUUCCACACAGCAAAUAUAUAAAUGCACCGCGCUUUAUUCGUAUACGGCGCAAAAUCCUGAUGAAUUGUCAAUCGUUGAAAGCGAACAACUCGAAGUUGUUGGAGAAGGUGAUGGCGAUGGUUGGCUCCGAGCACGAAAUUAUCGCGGCGAAGAGGGAUUCGUUCCUCAGAAUUAUCUCGAUGUCGAAAGAGAGACAACAUCCGGUUUGACUUCGCAAGGACCAGGACUCGUACAACAAAUAUCCUUUUCUUCAGUCGAUUAUACCAUUGACGAUCAUGAUGCAGUCGAUCCAGACGCUAACUUAGAACCUGCUGUUACAGAGACUGUUGUACAAAAUCACAUAGGGGAACCAGAACAAUAUUGUAUCGCUCUUUACGAUUACGAUACUACAUGCGACGAAGAACUUAGUUUCCUCGAAGGUGAUAUCGUAAAAGUCCUUAGAAAAGAACCGCACGAUGUCGAUGAUGGAUGGUGGGAAGGUGAAUUACGCGGACAACGAGGAUUAUUCCCAUCCUUAAUUGUAGAACCUUGCGCUGCAGAUGGUUCACCUUUGACCCCACAGGAAAAUAUAACGCCACCAAGCUCUGCGCCGCCUAUGUUUACACCGCCUGAAGUUCUGGAAUUCUUAUUAGAAGAUGAAUUAGCACAAAAUUCAAUCCAAGAAUCAGAAGGGAAAAACUCGGAUAAUGUAAACACCGAACAGCAGCAACAACAAGAGCAACAACAAGAACAACAAGAAGGUUUUGUGAUAAAUCUUUCAAAGGACCAAAAAUGUCAUUACGGGUCGCAGUUCGAAGGUGAUAAAUCUGAUGAAGGGCCUGGUAUAGUAGUUGUAGAAGUGUUGGAAGAAUCAGAAGCGAAGAUAAAUGAUGAAAAAACAAAACACCCGCAGUCUUUGAACACCGAUCAGUCCAAAGAAGACUUUGGUCUGGGCGUUGCACAAAUUGUGAUUACUGCAGCAACGCCAAUGGAAGAAAUUGAACAUCCGUUUCCCGGACUAGAGGAAACCAAUGACGAUACGGUAAAAUCUGCUGAAAAUUCUGAAGCUGAUUUACCAUCGAGCACUACCACUGACAUGAAUGAAAGUGACUGCAAAGAGGCCACCGUGAUAAUGGAUGAAAGAGAAGAGCAAGAAACUACAGAAGCUACAGAAGUAACAGAAGACAUAGAAGAAAAAUCAACAGUCGAUGAUUUGCCUACAGAUUCAGCGCCCUUUCCGGUUAGCAGCAGUUCUGGUAGCGAAGCAGAUUCAACAUCCGGCCCAAGUACCGCCGAUAAUUCUCAAUCGAUACCAUCUCGUGGUACUGUAAUCGAAGUACAGGAUACAGAGGAUAUUGAAAUCGUACCCGAAAAAAGGGUAGUAGGAGGAAGGGCAAGUAUUCCAGAUGAAUUACAGCCUGACCAGUUAGAAAAGCUACAAAAUUUAAAAGAAUCGAAUGCCUAGGAUUGACUAGACCUCGGAGAUCCUGAUUAUCCUGCCUUAACAAAUAAACUGGCUCUUCCGAAAAAUCAUCAAAAUAAGUUUCAGCAUUUACUGGAAUUUUGGAAAUCUCCGGAGGUUAUUGGAAAGAAAGACUAACGAAUAACGGAACAACUAAAAAAUUUUUAUGUUAAUACUAUGUACACAACUUUUUUGCUAGAUGAUAUUCUAGUGAACUAUUUAAAGAAGGGUGUUGCGACUUUUGCAACGUAUUUACAAGACGUUAAUGUACAGUCAUAAGGUAAUAAAGAAAAUUGUCGAUACCUAUAA